ACUUCAAACUCUGCAGGGAUUGGAUGAUGACUGAUGACAUCAUUAAGGCAAGCAUAGAAUAAUUAAUAACUGAGUUUAUUAAACCGGAGGAGACUCUGACGCCACACAGGAAUACAAACAAUCACGUGACUCAGAUCCACGCCUUAACUCCAGCUCUGACGUCACUCUUGGAAGCGGGACUUUUCCUGCUCUUAUUUUGAAGUGAAGAGCGGAAGUUGGGUGUGUUUGUGUUGGAGCGGAGCGGAGCGGAGCGGAGAAGAAAAGAAGGAGCGGCUGGCCAGAAGACGCGAGGAGCUCAGGGAAGGACACGAGACACAAACAACAAGUAAACAACAACAACCAAUCAGAGGCGCCAAUCAGCAGUCUGUUCCUUACAGAGACCCUCAGCUGCUGCUACCGCCAAUCAGAGCCGCCAGGUGCGCUCAGUCCCCGCCCCCUCAGGAUGGAUGAAAGCGGCUCUGGAGGAAAUCCCAGCGCUGACUCAUGUGACUCAUUUCCUGCCCCCGCCAACCAGGACUCGCAGAACCAGGAGAAAGACCGGCAGAGCACUGGGCCCGACUGUCUGUCCCGGUGCCAGUGCCGGCGGAGUACAACAGGGACACCAGAACUGUCAGAACACCCUGCAGAACAACUGAAACCACAGCAUUCUACAAAAGAGAACCCAGAUCCUGACCAGAACAGUCCAAAUGACUCAAAACAAACAGGAGUGGAUCCCAGUUUUGCUCAGCAAGAACUGACAGAAGAACUUUCUUCAAAACCAAAUUCAACCAGACUUUGUGAGCAGAAGGAACCAGAAGGUUUUGCAGGACCAGAACCUAAGCUAGAAAAAAGUUACUGUCAGGUUCAUCAAAACUCAAACGGUCCAACAGAUCAGGAAGCUAAGGAAGAACCUCCUCCUGGUCCCUCUGAGGUUCUGACUGCAAGAACAGAUGAAUUUGAAGACCUGCAGAACCACCUGUCUCCUUACCCCCUCUCUGUCAAUCUGGCUUCUCUGGCUCCGCCCAUCACCAUUGAGGCGUUCUGUGACCAGGUGGGGCCCCACCCCCCUGGUUCUACUUCAGGUGAGCCCAAACUGUGUGGCUACCUGCAGAAGCAGGCAGGACCGCUGAGGGCCUGGAAGCUGCGCUGGUUCACCUACGAGGAGAAGAAGAACCAGCUGUUUUAUUACCGCACGCCGCAGGAUGUGAUGCCGCUCGGCCGGGUGGAGCUCAGCGACGCCACCUUCACCUACCCUCUGAAGGCCGAGAGCGGCACCUUUCACAUCAAGACGCCUGAACGAACCUUCAUCCUCAAGGCGGUGAGUCAGGAGCUGAUGCUCUACUGGCUGCAGCAGCUGCAAGUAAAACGCUGGCAGCAUCGACAGACCUCCACCUGUUCAGAGCAAACAAACAACAACAACAACAUGAGAGAUGACUUCCUGCCCAGCCUAAAAAGUCCUGUGGGUCUGGUGGGGGAGGAGGCGGCCAUCGCUCCAUCUCAACGCACGCCGCUCGCCAGCAUGUCCAUCAAACACCCGCUCAUCCAGAUCCAGAACUCGGUCCACAGUCUGAGAAGGAGAACAUCUCAGGACUCCAGUCAGAGUGUGUUCUACUCAGACCUUCUGCCAUGGAUGAGUUCUACUGAGCCAACAGACACCAGCACCACCACAGAAUGUCCCACCGAGGCCCCGCCCCCUUCCGACCCCGUGGGUGAUCCAGCAGGUCAGGUGUCACCACCUGAGGGCAGGGAGUCUCCAUUGCCGUUAGAUGGCCGCAGCAGGAGGAUGAAGGCUCGCGGCUCAUCCACCAUGCCACUCCUUCACAGAGACACACUGUCUUCGUCCUCCGAGCGAGCGUCCCGCCUGCAGCAGGAGAAACAGAUGUUGAUAGAGGAGGUCAAAGCUCAGAAGGAGCUGGUUUGGAUCCUCCAUAAAGCCUUGGAGGCCGCCCAGCUAGAGAAGAGGACCUGUGCAGAGUUCCUGGCAGAAGAGGACGAGCAGCAGCGUUUGGAGCUGCUGCGGCACCGUGAACGGCAGGCGGCCGACCUGCGGGGCCGGCUGGAGGAGACCAAGAUGGAGGCGGAGACUCUAAGGGCGAGCCUGACUGACAGAGACACACGGCUCACUGAGAUGGAGAAGAAAAUCAGGCUGCUGAUGGAGAAGAACACUGCCAAGCAGCAGGUGAUCAUGAAGCUGUCUGAUCAGGUGACCUCGUGCCUGUCCGACUCCUCUGGUAGCAUUCUGAACUUUCAGACCCACAAGCAGCUUCAGCAGCAGAUCGAGAACCUCAAGGACGACAUGGAGGCGUAUAAAACCCAGAACAAGUUCCUGAACUCUGAGAUCUACCAGCUGACCAAGCUUUGGAGAAAAAGCUCGGAGCAGGAGAGGAGCCUGAUGGUGAAGUGUGCGUACCUGGAGGCCACUAACUGUCAGGUGGAGAGCCGUUACCUGAGUGUCCUACGGAAGCUCCAGGAUGCCAAAUCUCUGGCUCCAGAGCAGCAGGAGGUCGUGCAGAAGAUGAUUGAUGAUGCUCUGAGAGGAGAGCUGAAGAGCGUCAUGAAGCUGAGCGCAGACAGGGAUUAUGAUGAGUACGGCUUUAAGAUCAUUCCAGACUAUGAGGUGGAGGACAUGAAGCUGCUGGCCAAGAUCCAGGCGCUGGAAAUCCGAUCCCACAACCUUCUGCACCAGUCCCUGCAGGACAGUGUGGAGUGCCCCCUGCUGGGCCGUUGGGCACAGUACCUGGCUGGCCGCUCAGGGGACGAUCUGUGUCCAUCUCCUGAGCUCAAAGUGCUGCUGCGUGGAGGCGUCCCACGGGAAUACCGGCAGAGAGUGUGGCGUUGGCUGGUCCGGACCAGAACCAGAACCAUCUGGGAGCACCAUCCUCAGCGGUACAACCAGCUGUGUGAGAAGAGCCAGACAUCCCCCCACCCAGCUUCCAGACAGAUCCAACUGGACCUCCACAGAACCCUGACAACCAAUCAGAACUUCUCCUCACCGUCCGGCCCAGCCCUCCAGCAGCUCCGCCGCAUCUUGUUGGCAUUCUCUUGGCAGAAUCCAGUGGUCGGUUACUGCCAGGGACUCAACAGGUUAGCAGCUAUCGCUCUGCUUGUCCUGCAGAAUGAAGAGGACGCCUUCUGGUGUCUGGUGGCUGUGGUGGAGGUCAUUAUGCCUCAAGACUACUACACCAAAAACCUGGUGGCCUCUCAGGCUGACCAGCGAGUACUAAAGGACUUCAUGGCAGAAAAACUUCCCCGACUGGCAGCUCACUUUGAGGGUCACGGCGUCGACCUGUCACUGAUCACCUUCAACUGGUUUCUGGUGGUCUUCGUGGAGAGUCUGCCCAGUGACAUCCUUCUGCCUGUGUGGGACGCCUUUCUGUACGAGGGCACCAAGGUGAUCUUCAGGUAUGCUCUGGCUCUGUUCAAAUACAAAGAAGACGACCUACUGAAGAUCCAAGACAGCGUGGACAUCUACCAGUACCUGCGCUUUUUCACUAAGACCAUUUCUGACAGGAGGAAGCUGACUACUAUUGCUUUCAAUGACAUGAACCCAUUUCCCCGCCGCCUGCUGAGGAACCGCCGCGCACUGCACCUGGUGCGCCUGCAGGGGGAGCUGCGGGAACUGGAGGAGCAGCAGAAGAAGUUUGUGACAGAAAGCGCAGAGCAGAAGAAUAAGGAGCUGGAAAUGGGGAGCGAAGAUGAUGAUGAACUUUAAUGGGAGGGAACCAUCAGCUCAGACUGGCAACCAGUGAGCAUCCCUAAAUCAGGUGAUCAGCUGUUACCUGUUGGUUACCAUGGUUACUGGUUACUAAGGACUGCUGGUCUGCUCCAUCAGUUUUGUGUCUCAGGAAUAAAAUGUCACAUUGUUAUCAUCCAGAACUUUACAGAUCAUCAGUGAAGCUGCAGCUAGUUCUGUACCAACUCAGGUUCAGAAGAUUAGAAACGCUGCAGAAUCUGAACACAAUGGGGUCGAUACCUUUCAUCUGAGCUUUACUGCUGCAGAGGUCCAGUUGGGAUCAGACUGCUUCUGCAGGACAGAGUUCAGAGUUGGAGCUGAGCUUUGAGUGCAGUGGUCAGCCUGAAGCUUCUGUUUCUGUUUGUCAGAUGAACGUCAGACUACAUAGUAGGAACAUGCUUUAACUGCCAGUCAGGAUGCAGAUGUUGUGGUAUCUGCACCAGACUGCAGGAGGCGCUGUUUGUGUUUCUGAUUCAGAUUUCAUGUUGCAGUUUCAGAUGGUGCUUAGAGCUGCUGUUUUAGCUCCAUGUAAAACAAAGUUACUGUGUUCAGAAGUCCAGAACUAAACCUAUGAUAUGAACAGAACCUGAAAUCGGACAAAAAUGAAUGACCCCUAGGUGCUGCUCCACAAGACUCCUGGUCAACAGGUCAAAGGGCUGUCAUCAGUCCAGCCACCUGAGGAUCACUUUAUUAGACUAACUCCUCCCUGUCACAUUUUAGUCCAAUCAGCUUUCAGCUCCUCAGCUUCUGCUGCUCAUACGGUGUUAUGAUGGAAUGUGCUCAGUUUGAUCCGAUUCUCCUUCAACCUGACCCGUCCUCCUAUCAGGACGUUCCAGAAGACCUUCAGUAUUUUUCUCUGCAGGCUGUAAUUUGAGAACAUGCGUAACACUUGAGUCAUGUGAUGACUGUAAAGUGAAGAUGAGCUUCUGUUUGUCUGAAUUUGUACACAAAUGUUCUGCAGGUUAAAACCUCUGCUGGAAUGGGUUGUCUUUCCUUCAUCAUUCAAUCCAGAACAUUUUGGACUUUUUUCAGGUCAACAUUCCAGACUUUUCCUGACUACCAAUUCCUAAUUAUUCAGCUCAUUUCACAAAGAAGAAAUGAUGCUCAGUAUAUGUUCAUUCAGAUGUUUCUGAAGAAGUCAGAUGGAAAAAAACAUAAAAGAACACAGACUGUAAAUAGUCAUAAAACAGCAGGAAGGACUCUGUUUCCCCCUCACCAUCACCUCCUCCAGAAGAACAUAUAUCCUCCUUCAUCAGCUAAGGAACAUCUAUCCAGUGUUUGAGAUGAUCAAACAAAUAUUUAUUCUCCAGGUACCGAAACAAGGCAGCCCCACCGUGUUUGACUGUGGUCAUAAUGCUCUGUUUCUGAGAUGCUGUUAGUUUAACUCCAGAUGUAACACAACCAUCACCUUUCUGAAAAUGUCCACUUUUGUCUUGCCAGUCCACAGAAUAUUUUCUCAUAAAUAAUGGCCAGCCUCUCUUUUUAUUUUUGAAUCAUGACCUCUGACUUUAACGGAGGCAGUGAGGCCUGAAGAGUUGUAGAUGUUCUGGGUUCUUCUGUGACCUGAAUGAGUCGUUAACGCUCUCUUGGAUACAUUUUGGUAGGCCGGCCAUUCUUGGGAAGGUUCUCCACUGUUCCACAUGUUCUCCAUGUGUGGACAAUGGUUCUCACUGUGGUGCUCGGAGUCCAAAGCCUUAGAAAUGGCUCUGUAACCCUUUCGAACCGAUAGAUGUCAGUGACUUUGUUUCUCAUCUGUUCUUGACGUUGUUUAGAUCAGGACACGAGGUGCUGCUGUUUGAGAUGUUUUAACCUACUUCACGUUGUCAAACCAGUUCUAUUUAAGUGAAUGAAACAAAACACGGCUUUCUAAACAAUGUGGUGAAGGUGGAGGUAUUGGGUUUUUUUUUCCCCCACAGGUCCAGUCUGGUUUGGAGAUCUUCUUCCCUUUUUAAUAAAUGAAACCUAAACACUAUAGGAAGCUGAGAGGAACUGCCUUUUCUUGCGCUGUUAGCUGCUACGUAUACGCUGGGGCUGCUGCAGGACAAACUGGCCAUGUUUCUUUUUAUCUCAUUACUGGGUCAUAAUUUAAAGAUGACCUUCCUAUACGUUCCUGACACCUUCAUCUGCUGCAGACUGAUCUUCUCAGCAGUUUGGUUUGAUUUUUAACAUUUUAUUCCUGACAUUCUCGGUCUAAAAUUUAGUCCCAUAAAUAACCUAAGUGAAGCAUUAUAUUUAACAUCAUCUUGUCCCUGUAGAUGGUGCUGCGACUCUGCUUCAAAAGCUAAAGUUUUUCAAUAAAAUCAACCAGUUUCCCA